GAUGCCGCGGAUCUGGCUGGAUUACUGCCAGUUCCUGGUGGAGCAGGGCCGCAUCACGCGCACGCGCCGCACCUUCGACCGGGCGCUGCGGGCGCUGCCCAUCACACAGCACCGGCGCCUCUGGCCGCCCUACCUGAGCUUCGUGCGCCGCCACCCGCUGCCCGAGACCGCCGUGCGUGUCUUCCGCCGCUUCCUCAAGCUGUGCCCCGAGGAGGCCGAGCAGUACGUGGCCUACCUGCGCUCCGUGGGCCGCCUGGACGAGGCCGCGCAGGUGCUGGCCCGGCUGGUGAACGACGAGCGCUUCGUGUCCCGCCAGGGCAAGUCCAACUACCAGCUGUGGAAGGAGCUGUGCGAGCUGCUCUCCCAGCACCCCGACCGCGUGCGCUCUCUGGACGCCGGCGGCAUCAUCCGGGGCGGCCUGACGCGCUUCACCGACCAGCGGGGCCGGCUCUGGGGCGCCCUGGCCGACUGCUACGUGCGCUGCGGCCACCUGGAGAAGGCCCGGGAUGUGUACGAGGAGGCCGUGCACACAGUGAUGACCCCAUCCCAAAACAG